AGAGCAGUAGAAGAAGAGUAGCAACACUUCCGGGGCCAAACUCUAAUCCAAGCAGUUGUUGUUGUUGAUUUGCUAAAACGCAGGCGAUUUAAGAAGACUAAAGAGUCGAAGAUUGAGUACCCAGACACAGAAGAGACGACAUGGCGACUACCAUCAGCACCCAGAGGGGACAGGUGUAUAUUGGAGAGCUUCCCCAGGACUUCCUGCGGAUCACUCCCACUCAGCAGCAGCAGCAGGUCCACAUGGAUGCGCAGGCAGCCCGACAGCUGCAGUAUGGUGGCUCUGUAGGAACUGUAGGCCGACUCAGCAUUACCGUGGUCCAGGCCAAGCUGGCUAAAAACUAUGGGAUGACCCGCAUGGAUCCGUACUGUAGGAUCAGACUGGGCUAUGCAGUCUAUGAGACGCCAACUGCUCACAACGGAGCCAAGAAUCCUCGUUGGAACAAGGUGAUCCAGUGCACGGUGCCUCCCGGCGUGGACUCUUUCUACCUGGAGAUCUUUGAUGAGAGAGCGUUCUCUAUGGAUGAUAGGAUAGCAUGGACACAUGUCACCAUCCCUGAAGGCCUAAGGGAGGGCAACGUGGUGGAUGAAUGGUUCAGCCUCAGUGGCAGACAGGGUGACGACAAGGAGGGCAUGAUCAACCUGGUGAUGUCUUUUGCUUCUUUACCAGCAGGUAUGAUGACUCAGCCUGUUGUCCUAAUGCCUUCUGUGUAUCAGCAAGGAGUUGGAUACGUCCCCAUUGCAGGAGUGCCAGCAGUCUACAAUGAGGGCAUGGUCCCCAUGGCAAUGCCAACAGCCAUGCCAGCUAUGGGGGGGCAUGGCCCAGUUUGCAUUGAGGAGGACCUGAAGGCUCUGCAAGACAUGUUCCCCAACCUGGAUAAGGAGGUGGUUCGCACCGUACUGGACGCACAGCAGGGCAACAAAGACGCUGCCAUCAACUCUCUGCUGCAGAUGGCUGAGGAGCUCUAACUGCAGAGGGCAGUCUGAACGUGGACUUACCAACACAUAUGCAUGCAUGCACAGAGACAUAAAAAUAUUCUUAACUCACAGAGAACCAUCUUUACAAACGCACACACACUGUUCCCUACUCUGUGGCUCACAUAUACUGUGCAGUCACAUCUGCUCAUGCUAGCUCCACCAGUUGGUAGUCACAAGUAUACAUUUUCCUUUACUGAGUCCUUAUUAGCCAAACAGUACAAAGGAAGCUUGGACACACUGCUUUCUCUCUCAGCAGAGACUGGCAUCACAGAUAGGAUUUCCAUCUUUGGUUUUAAGAAGUCACUGGUUAUAUUUGUUUCAGAUGUAAUUUGGGAAAUUGUGUAAGUGCUGACAGGAUCAUUAAGGGUUGUGUCGGGAUUCAAACUCAUUAUUGGAUUGAUGCUUCAUGGAUAUUGUAAAUCUUCCUGGCCUGGAUAGUUUUGCGUUGAAAGUUUCAUUUCCACAGUAUUUUACUGUAGCCCCUCACCAUCCGGUGUUUGGCCAUCUUCCAUUUGUGAUGUGUUUUUUUUUUAAUUAAUAAUGGUUUUUUUUUGCACUUGUCUGUAGUAAGUUGCAGUGAACUAGUUCAGUUUCAUAUAUGGCUGUAAAAUGUUCAUUGCGUUCAAAUUCUAAUGAAUCAUUGUGGACGUGUUAAAUUAUAUAAAGAAUUAUAUAGCAACAAGAGAAUUAAGAAUGAAUGAAUGAAUGAAUGACCCAGUUAGAAGAAAUACCCCUUCUGAACACCACACGACUCUGAGUCGUCUUUCACAGUGAGAACAACAUUCCUUUGCAAUGCUUUAAUGUUAUUACCUUUCAGUCAAUAAUUAAGGGUGUAAAGAUGAUGUGAAAUUAACUGUGAUGUUUCAGCGCUCAACAGGAUGCCAAGACUUUGUUGCCUGCACAGUGAUUAAGGUAAAGUGAAGACCCGAGCAGAAUAAUUGAGGAGCUACGUCUCCCGAAAUUGAGAAAACACUGAUUUGGGGUCUUUGCAGCUAUAGUAUUUGUAUGUAUGCUUUCUAUUUACAUUUAUAGGUUGCAAAGCUUGUUGUUUAUUUGCUGUCUGCCAAAGGUCUCAUUUAAGAGAGGAUUUGUCGGCUUGUGAUUUUUCCUUUUUCACUCUAAAACAAAUGAUGUUGAGAUUUUUAAAACGUCAUGCCAUAUGAUUCUGUUCUUUUGUUGUUCUCAUACAGCAUCUUAAUGUUCUGGCACUUUGUUGUUAAAUUCAGUUCCCAAAUUUUAAGUUAAUUUUAAUUUAUUCAAUUUCUGACACAAGCGACAUUUUAGGACCCGUGUGGCCGCUGCAGGCGUGGGAAUGGAAAGCUUUUCUGAGAGGUUGUGCCCUCCAAAAUGUCAGACUGUCGUCAAAGUGUUUGUGAAACAAGAUGUUUUGCCAUUCGCUUAGAAUACACUGAUGUUCCUCAGAGA